GCCGCCUCCCGCCGCUACCGCCGCAGAAUCGGCUCCGCCGCUGCUUGCCUUCCAAAGGAAGAAAUGGUGACUUUAUGGUGAAGACUGGUGGAUACAAACCUGUCCAGGAGAUCAAGUUCUGCCCCUUGCCAUAAAACAGCAAGAGAAAGAAAUCAAGGAGCCACUCCUGUCAUUGACCAGAUCACGCCAGCACGGUCAACAGACAGACCGAGUCCCAGGGAAAAGGCUGCUGGCAUCUGAGGAUAAACCACUUUGAACAGCUUUUACCUUAACACUGACUGGAAGACUUUGACACCUGGUUACAAGAGCCACGUCACAUAUGCUGUGUGGUAUCUUAGGCUCAGUGACUUCGGUCUUCACAAUUCGGACACAUUCUUCCCAGUUAACACAAAGCUUUCUACUGUCUUGAGGUAUUUUGGACACCUUCAAUAUUUGCCUUCUCUUUUCUGAUCAAGCCUGAUUCAUGAAAUGGAACUAAAGCUGAAAAAUCAUCUACUUCUUUGUCUGCAAAUUUGAGACACACUUGGGAUGGUCUUAAGUGCAUACAACUAGACUCUAACUGCAGCUAUGAGUUCAGACGAGAAGGGCAUAUCCCCUGCUCAUAAAACCUCCACUCCGACCCAUAGAAGUGCCUCUUCUUCAACAUCCUCCCAUAGGGACAGUCGGCAGAGUAUCCACGUCCUGGAGAGGACUGCUUCCUCCAGCACGGAGCCCUCUGUCAGUCGGCAGUUGCUAGAACCAGAGCCGGUCCCCCUUUCCAAGGAAGCUGACAGCUGGGAAAUUAUAGAAGGGCUGAAAAUAGGCCAAACUAAUGUCCAGAGACCAGACAAGCAUGAAGGCUUUAUGCUGAAGAAAAGAAAAUGGCCUUUAAAAGGCUGGCACAAGCGUUUUUUUGUCCUGGAUAAUGGAAUGUUAAAGUAUUCAAAGGCACCACUCGAUAUUCAAAAGGGGAAGGUCCAUGGAAGCAUCGAUGUCGGACUCUCGGUCAUGUCAAUUAAAAAGAAAGCUCGGAGAAUAGACCUUGACACAGAAGAGCACAUCUAUCAUUUGAAGGUGAAAUCCCAGGACUGGUUUGAUGCGUGGGUCUCCAAACUCCGCCAUCAUCGAUUGUACCGGCAAAAUGAAAUUGUCAGGUCACCGAGAGAUGCUAGUUUUCACAUAUUUCCUUCAACCUCCACUGCCGAAUCCUCACCAGCUGCUAAUGUUUCUGUUGUGGAUGGAAAGGUGCCACCAAACAACUUCCCAUGGCAGUCUCCUUUGCCGUGCAGCAACAGCCUCCCCGCGACCUGCACGACAGGCCAGAGCAAAGUGGCAGCCUGGUUACAGGACUCGGAAGAAAUGGACAGGUGUGCGGAAGAUCUUGCACACUGCCAGUCAAACCUCGUGGAACUUAGCAAGCUCCUACAAAAUUUGGAAAUACUUCAGAGAACUCAGUCAGCACCUAACUUUACUGACAUGCAGGCUAACUGUGUAGAUAUUUCAAAGAAAGACAAGCGGGUCACAAGACGAUGGAGAACAAAAAGUGUCAGCAAAGAUACAAAAAUACAACUACAGGAAGGGCCAUCUGCGAAGGGCCAGUUCAGCACCACUCGGCGCCGGCAGAGGCUAGCAGCAGCAGUGGCUACAACAGUCCCUUUCAGUGCUACCAUGUCACCAGUCCGCUUGCACUCCUCCAACCCCAACCUUUGUGCAGACAUCGAAUUUCAGACUCCCCCUAGCCACCUCACUGACCCUCUGGAAAGUUCUACAGAUUAUACAAAGCUUCAAGAAGAAUUCUGUCUAAUUGCACAGAAAGUGCAUUCUCUUUUGAAGUCUGCAUUUAAUAGCAUAGCUAUAGAGAAGGAGAAGCUUAAGCAGAUGGUUUCUGAGCAGGAUCACAAUAAAGGCCACAGCACGCAGAUGGCACGGCUCCGACAGUCACUAUCUCAGAGUGAAGGAGCGAGCAAAUCCUGGGCACUCAACCAGAAUGCUGAGCUAAGAAGUCGGUUGAACAGAAUACAUUCAGAAUCUAUUAUUUGUGAUCAGGUUGUCAGUGUAAAUAUUAUUCCUAGCCCUGAUGAGGCUGGUGAGCAAAUCCAUGUCAGUCUCCCCCUGUCACAGCAGGUAGCCAACGAGAGCCGCCUCUCCAUGUCAGAGUCUGUCUCCGAGUUCUUUGACGCCCAGGAGGUGCUGCUCUCUGCGAGCUCAUCAGAGAAUGAGGCUUCAGAUGAUGAGUCUUACAUCAGUGAUGUGAGCGAUAAUAUAUCCGAAGACAAUACCAGUGUUGCAGACAACAUUUCUCGGCAAAUCUUAAAUGGGGAGCUUACAGGAGGAGCCUUCCGAAAUGGACGUCGAACAUGCCUGCCAGCUCCCUGUCCCGACACCAGUAAUAUUAACCUGUGGAAUAUUUUGAGGAACAACAUUGGUAAAGACUUGUCUAAAGUCUCGAUGCCUGUGGAGCUAAAUGAGCCACUCAACACCCUGCAGCAUCUCUGUGAGGAAAUCGAGUACAGUGAGCUUCUGGACAAGGCUUCUGAAACGGACGACCCCUAUGAGCGCAUGGUUCUUAUUGCUGCAUUUGCAGUUUCAGGAUAUUGCUCCACCUAUUUCAGAGCAGGAAGUAAGCCAUUCAAUCCUGUCCUUGGGGAGACUUACGAAUGCAUUCGAGAGGACAAGGGAUUCCGAUUUUUCUCAGAACAGGUUAGCCAUCAUCCACCCAUUUCUGCCUGUCACUGUGAAUCCAAGAAUUUUGUGUUUUGGCAAGAUAUCAGAUGGAAAAACAAGUUCUGGGGGAAGUCAAUGGAAAUCCUGCCUGUUGGAACACUGAAUGUCAUGCUUCCAAAGUAUGGAGAUUGCUAUGUAUGGAAUAAAGUCACCACGUGCAUACACAACAUUCUCAGUGGGAGGAGGUGGAUAGAGCAUUAUGGAGAAGUAACCAUUAGAAAUACCAAAAGCAGUGUUUGCAUUUGCAAACUCACAUUUGUCAAGGUGAAUUAUUGGAAUUCUAAUGUGAAUGAGGUCCAGGGGGUUGUGAUGGAUCAGGAGGGGAAGGUGGUGCACCGGCUUUUUGGGAAGUGGCAUGAAGGGCUCUACUGCGGCGUGGCCCCCUCUGCAAAGUGCAUCUGGAGACCAGGUUCCAUGCCAACCAACUAUGAGCUCUACUAUGGCUUCACGAGGUUUGCUAUCGAGCUCAAUGAGCUAGAUCCUGUCCUGAAAGAUCUCCUUCCACCGACAGACGCCCGGUUCCGGCCAGAUCAGAGGUUUUUGGAAGAAGGAAAUUUAGAAGCUGCAGCAGCAGAGAAGCAAAGAGUGGAGGAACUCCAGAGAUCUCGAAGGCGCUACAUGGAAGAAAACAACCUUGAACACAUACCAAAAUUUUUUAAAAAAGUUAUUGAUGCCAAUCAAAGAGAAGCCUGGGUUUCUAAUGAUACCUACUGGGAGCUGCGGAAGGACCCUGGGUUUAGCAAAGUAGACAGCCCUGUUCUUUGGUAAACGGGGAAUGUAGAGCUAGCCAACAUAUCACGCUCUGAAUGAAUAAAUAACUAUGCACAAUUAUGUUUCCUAGAGCUCCGCGUGGUUUCUGGGUCGACUGAAAACCGACCGUUUGCUUUUCUAUUCAUCUUUAUAAUGGACUUUCAGAAGUGCAUUAGACGAGGCCCCUAACCACUUUUGGAUCCUUUCUGUUUUGCUGCAACCAUAUCCCUUAAAAAACAUCCACGCCCUCCUUGAGAAGCUGAAUAAAAGGAGCAGAAUACAAAAUCCAAAGUCUGAAGUGUUUGUAAAGAAAACAAACUGUAACUGGUGCUUAAAGCUGAUCCAGAGAGCUUAAAGCAACACGACAUGUAAACCACGCGUUCGGGCUUUGUGUGGAAGUACCAUACCCGCAUCAUAGAAGCUCCUGGGCCACGGCAGUCGGUCAGCUCAGACUUCGAGUGUGUCUGUUGGAUGUGGUGUACUUGUGCUGACCUUGUCAAAAAAGAUGUGAUACUCCUCAGACCCUGUUCCAUCUGUACGCCAUUGUUCAUGCCUUAAGAAAUGCAAAGAUGUACAAUAAAUCAUUUUUUAAAUGUGUGCUCAUAGGUUAAUGUGAGGGACGGCUCUUGGGAAUCAUGGCGUGAUUCACUUUCUGGGAUCAGAACAAGUAAGAGACUAACGUAAGUGGAUUUUCAAAAAGUAAACUACACAUGCUUUUCUUUGAUAUGUUAGUUCCUGUAUCAUCUGUCUGAAGGGCAAGAAGGAAAGGUGUGCUCAGUAGAUCUCUGUAUUCACAUUGCUCGUCAAGUUCCUGUCCUGCGACCAGAUAAUAAACCCUCUUCCACCUAA